AUCACUAUGUGACUGCUGGUGCCCGAUAAUCUUGCUGUGUAGCUCCCUCGGUCAACAACUUACUGAGGUGCCUUUUCUUUUCCAAGAGGAUGUCAGCUCUAAGCUCCGGAAAGAAAUAACAGACUUCACCUUGGAAUAGCUCAUCUCACUCCUGCAUCAUUAAAGCGGAUUUUGAAAAGAAAACAAAAAUCCAGUCCUCUUUCCAGCCCCACUUUGUUCCAGCACUGAACAGAAACAGUUUCAUGCUCCAGGACUCAACCAUAGCAAUAUAUGAGAAGAAAAGAUACCACCAAAUGUUCAUUAAGUGAUUUAUAAGACUGAAGAGGAGCAAGGACAGAAACAGGGAUCCCAAUCACAGACCUAUCCCAAGAGUUCUCAGGAAAGAUGAUAGUGACUGCAGUAGAGUAGCAGCAGGAGAGAUAGAGAAAAGAGGUUGAAAAUGGUUGCCUGUGUUUACCUACUGUGAAGACUUGGAUUCAGACAACUACAGCUUUGAUUCUCCAAGUGUUUCAGGAUGUAAAUGUGGUUUGACCUUUCCCUGAUGGGCAGUUAAAUCAUGGACACACGAAACAAUUUACUUUGGACUGUCCUUCCAAAAGAUGCUUUGGCUGCUCUCUUGAAUGCUCACUAAGCAUUUGUAGCUGACAAGGAAAAGAAGGAAAACUGUGAACUGGAAAGUUGUCUUACAAUGAAAAUUACGAGCACAUCUUGCAUCUGUCCAGUCCUAGUGUGUCUCUGUUUUGUGCAGAGGUGUUAUGGAACUGCUCACCACAGCUCUGUCAAGGUGACCAGAAACCAAACCAAACACGCUGAAGGUGAAACCAAAGUCCACCAUCGUCCCAAAAGGGGAUGGGUAUGGAAUCAGUUCUUUGUUUUAGAAGAACACAUGGGACCAGAUCCUCAGUAUGUUGGAAAACUGCACUCCAAUUCUGACAAAGGUGAUGGGUCUGUCAAGUAUAUCCUUACUGGAGAAGGUGCCGGGACUAUAUUUAUCAUUGACGAUACCACGGGUGACAUCCACUCAACAAAAAGCUUAGACAGAGAGCAGAAGACCCACUAUGUGCUUCAUGCCCAGGCUAUUGACAGACGGACAAACAAACCUCUUGAACCUGAAUCUGAGUUUAUCAUCAAAGUGCAAGAUAUCAACGAUAAUGCUCCAAAAUUCACAGAUGGACCAUACAUCGUUACUGUGCCUGAAAUGUCAGAUAUGGGUACCUCUGUUCUACAGGUGACAGCUACUGAUGCAGAUGAUCCUACCUAUGGAAACAGUGCCCGGGUGGUUUACAGUAUUCUCCAGGGACAACCCUACUUCUCCGUAGAUCCUAAAACAGGAGUUAUUAGAACUGCCUUACAUAACAUGGACAGAGAAGCCAGAGAACACUACUCAGUGGUCAUUCAAGCCAAAGACAUGGCUGGACAAGUUGGAGGGCUUUCGGGAUCUACAACGGUCAAUAUCACCUUGACUGAUGUCAAUGACAAUCCACCACGGUUUCCUCAGAAGCACUACCAGCUGUAUGUUCCUGAGUCAGCUCAAGUUGGUUCAGCUGUUGGGAAAAUCAAGGCAAAUGAUGCAGACACUGGCUCAAAUGCCGACAUGACAUAUUCCAUCAUAAAUGGUGAUGGUGUUGGGAUAUUCUCCAUCUCCACUGACAAAGAGACUAGAGAAGGGAUCCUUUCUUUAAAGAAGCCACUGAACUAUGAGAAAAAGAAGUCAUAUACCCUCAACAUAGAAGGAGCAAAUACACAUCUUGACUUUCGCUUUUCUCACUUGGGUCCCUUUAAAGAUGCUACUAUGCUGAAGAUCAUUGUUGGGGAUGUAGAUGAACCACCACUAUUUUCCAUGCCUUCCUAUGUCAUGGAAGUCUAUGAAAAUGCCAAGAUCGGGACCAUCGUUGGUACAGUUUUGGCACAAGAUCCUGACAGUGCUAAUAGCUUAGUAAGAUACUUCAUCAACUAUAAUGCUGAAGAUGACAGAUUUUUCAACAUUGAUGCCAAUACUGGAACCAUUAAGACUACAAAGGUUCUUGACAGAGAAGAAACUCCUUGGUACAACAUCACAGUUGCUGCUUCAGAAGAUGAUAAUCCUGGUUUGCUGAGCCAUGUCACAGUGGGUAUUAGAGUUCUGGAUGUCAAUGACAAUCCACCCGAACUUGCCAGGGAAUAUGAUAUUGUUGUCUGUGAAAAUUCUAAGCCUGGCCAGGUUAUUCACACCAUCAGUGCCACUGAUAAAGAUGAUUUUGCCAAUGGACCAAGGUUUAACUUCUUUCUUGAUGAACACCUGCCAAUGAACCCAAACUUCACUCUUAAGGACAAUGAAGAUAACACAGCCAGCAUUCUGACAAGGCGGAGGAGAUUUAGUCGAACUGUUCAGGAUGUGUAUUAUCUGCCCAUUAUGAUCUCUGAUGGUGGAAUCCCCUCUCUCAGCAGCAGCAGCACCCUCACCAUCAGGGUUUGUGCAUGCGAGAGAGAUGGGCGCGUGCGGACCUGCCGUGCAGAAGCGUUCCUGUCCUCGGCUGGUUUGAGUACAGGAGCCUUAAUCGCUAUUCUUCUCUGUGUUGUCAUUCUCCUGGCGAUUGUGGUACUUUUUAUCACCCUGAGGCGCAGCAAGAAAGAGCCCUUGAUCAUUUCGGAGGAGGACGUGCGGGAGAACGUGGUGACCUACGACGACGAGGGCGGGGGAGAGGAAGACACGGAGGCCUUUGACAUCACGGCCUUGAGGAACCCGUCUGCCGCCGAGGAGCUCAAGUACCGCAGGGACAUCAGGCCGGAGGUGACGCUCACUCCCAGGCACCAGACGUUGUCCACCCUGGAAAGCAUAGACGUUCAGGAGUUUAUUAAGCAGAGACUAGCAGAAGCAGACCUAGACCCCAGCGUCCCCCCUUACGACUCUCUUCAGACUUACGCCUACGAGGGUCAGAGAUCAGAAGCUGGGUCCAUCAGCUCGCUGGAUUCAGCCACGACACAGUCAGAUCAGGAUUAUCACUACCUUGGAGACUGGGGACCCGAGUUUAAAAAGUUAGCUGAACUCUAUGGAGAAAUAGAAUCUGAAAGAACAACUUAGGGGGUCAAUUCUCGCCACCUUGUGGAAUUUGCUUCCUGAGCAAGUGGAGAUAUAUAACCUCAGCAAUGCCAAGGAAGAAGUGUGCAAGCAGUACUUGGAACUGGGCAAGCUGUACGCAGCUCCUUUAGAAACAAGUGCCCUUUUCAUCAGCUAAACUGGGUUAUUUCAUUGGGAGAAAGU